AUGGCUUUAUUUAAAGUUACAAUCAUCUUUAACGCUACUAGUACUAUGCCUCGCACUGGCAGCCAAGGUGGGCAUGGGCAUGGGCAUGGCAGUGCCAUCCCUGGUGCACAAUCUGGCGCCAAUGAACACAGAAUGUCAAUCCCCCCCUUCCAACCAAUACUGUUCCAAAUGAGCCACAAUGACUCAGGAAUCACAACAGAACAUCAAAUUGCUGCUAAUAAUAUGAUUUAUACAGAAGGUCCUACCAUCGACACAUUACAGCAACAUCAAUCUUGCUGCAGAUCAACCCAGUUACUGCUGCAAGAUCAGCUUAGACCAUAUGCAAUCCCAUCCUCACGCACCUCCAGCCACCGAACAUCAUCAAGGGUCUCAAUGAGCACCAUGUCACUAGACAACCUCGAUGACAACAGCACCAAUUCACAGCAUGCAAGGCAUGGUUCGAGACAUGGUGCAUUGAAGCUCUCCAAAAUUGGAUUUUACAGUGAGAACAACAAACAAAACAUAUAUCACGCACGGAAACUCAUCGUGCUCAAUAUGAUCCUUGAGUCUGGUUGGGAGGAUGAUUGCAACACACUGGAUGCCAUUGCUAGAGAAUGCCUAUCUUCAGCAUGUGUGAGGACCAGCCACAUUACCAAGCCUACUACUGCAAUCAUUAAGCUUUUGGUUCAAGAAGCUGAAGGGUGUCUACCAGCCCUUGGCCUUCAGCCCGAUGGUACUUUGUCCCCAGAAGACGACAUGGCAUGCAUAAUAGCAUGUGUGAAUGCCAUAUUAGAUGAAAAAAAUCUUCAAGAUUACUUCCUCCAUGGAUGGGACACUGAGCACUCGAAAAUACUUGUAUUUUCAGCUGUGGUUUACUUUAAAUUUCAUGAAGGCUUUUGGUUUGGGCGAAAUUCACCUUUCCUCAAUGACCCAGCAGCGAGAGUGCAGAUCUCGAAACCCUCAUGGUUCAUGUAUGAGUUGUUGGGUGCUGCAUUAUAUUGCGCCAUCUGCCAUGCUGCAACAGGCAGGCUGUCAAAGACCAAAAAUGUCCUGCAAUUCUCUGCUCACGAGUUUCAACCAGUUGCAGCUGGAAUCCGAAAUGCAAUCAAACAAUAUAUGGAUUGCCCUGACCUUGACGAUGGCGAAUUCUUACCCCAGAUGACCGCUCACCAUGUGCAAUGCCUAAAAGCUCUUAGGUCUUGUACUGGGGAAGGAUUGCCCACCAAACAAUACAACAUCAAUGUGCCCUCCUCCUCAUUGGAACUGUACCAACCAAGGAUGGAUAACUUUGCGGCAACCCUUUUGACGUCAUCUUUGACCUUGUUACCCUCACUAACAUACCCUCAGAAUACAGCUGCAUCAUCUUCAUCUUCAUCAUCUAACACAUCAUGGUACCCACAUGAUGUUGUACAAUCACCUCAAGUAGUGUCAUACGCACCAUAUGUCCCAGAUGAUCAUGAUUACAUUGGUCAUGGAAAAAUGCCCUCAUAUCCCCAACCUCAAUACUAUAUUCAGCCGGAGUCACAACCUCAGGCUUUCAGAGAGCCUGAGGUAGUGUUAGAUCAGAGUAAUGGGCCGCCAUUCAUGCAGGAUGACCCAUGUUCAAGUUCAAGUUCACUGGCAGGCUGGGGGGUAACUUCACAGGCAGCUGGGGGCCCUCAUACUUACCAUGAAGUUCCGCACUAUUUUUCACAUCAUUUGGACCAUCAGUAG